GCUGUCAACUUAGCUAUAGCGCUUUAUCAUCAGGCUGUCUACUUAGUUACAGCGCUUUAUCAUCAGGCUGUCAACUUAGCUACAGCGCUUUAUCAUCAGGCUGUCAACUUAGCUACAGCGCUUUAUCAUCAAGCUGUCAACUUAGCUACAGCGCUUUAUCAUCAGGCUGUCAACUUAGUUACAGCGCUUUAUCAUCAGGCUGUCAACUUAGCUACAGCGCUUUAUCAUCAGGCUGUCAACUUAGUUACAGCGCUUUAUCAUCAGGCUGUCAACUUAGUUACAGCGCUAUAUCAUCAAGCUGUCAACUUAGUUACAGCACUAUAUCAUCAAGCUGUCAACUUAUCUACAGCGCUUUAUCAUCAGGCUGUCAACUUAGCUACAGCGCUUUAUCAUCAAGCUGUCAACUUAGCUACAGCGCUUUAUCAUCAGGCUGUCAACUUAGUUACAGCGCUUUAUCAUCAGGCUGUCAACUUAGUUACAGCGCUUUAUCAUCAGGCUGUCUACUUAGUUGACAGCGCUAUAUCAUCAGGCUGUCAACUUAGCUACAGCGCUAUAUCAUCAGGCUGUCAACUUAGUUACAGCGCUUUAUCAUCAGGCUGUCAACUUAGUUACAGCGCUUUAUCAUCAGGCUGUCAACUUAGUUACAGCGCUUUAUCAUCAAGCUGUCAACUUAGUUACAGCGCUUUAUCAUCAGGCUGUCAACUUAGUUACAGCGCUUUAUCAUCAGGCUGUCAACUUAGCUACAAUUCUAUAUCAUCAAGCUGUCAAUUUAGUUACAGCGCUUUAUCAUCAGGCUGUCAACUUAGCUACAGCGCUUUAUCAUCAGGCUGUCAACUGAGCUACAGCGCUUUAUCAUCAGGCUGUCAACUUAGUUACAGUGCUUUAUCAUCAGGCUGUCAACUUAGUUACAGUGCUUUAUCAUCAGGCUGUCAACUUAGUUACAGUGCUUUAUCAUCAAGCUGUCAACUUAGCUACAGCGCUUUAUCAUCAGGCUGUCAACUUAGCUACAGCGCUUUAUCAUCAGGCUGUCAACUUAGUUACAGCACUAUAUCAUCAGGCUGUCAACUUAGUUGACAGCGCUCUAUCAUCAAGGCUGUCUACUUAGCUUCCAGCGCUAAUCAUCAGGCUGUCAACUUAGCUCAGCGCUAUAUCAAUCAGGCUGUCAACUUAGUUGACAUCGGCUAUAUCCAUCAGGCCUGUCCUAAUUUAGCUACAGCUCUAUAUCAUCAGGCUGUCAACUUAGCUACCGCGCUAUAUCAUCAGGACCUGUCAACUUAGUUAACAUCGCUAUAAUCAUCAAGCUGUCCCAACUUAAGCUACAGCGCUUUAUCAUCAGUGGCUGUCAACUUAGCUACAGCGCUUUAUCAUCAGGCUGUCAACCUUAGUUAUCAGCGCCUUUAUCAUCAGGGCUGUCAAACUUAGCUAUCAGCGCUUUAUCAUCAGGCUGUCACUUAGCUACAGAGCUUUAUCAUCAGGCUGUCAACUUAGCUACAGCUCUUUAUCAUCAGGCUGUCAACUUAGUUACAGUGCUAUAUCAUCAGGCUGUCAACUUAGUUGACAGCGCUAUAUCAUCAGGCUGUCAACUUAGCUACAGCGCUAUAUCAUCAGCUGUCAACUUAGUUUAACAAGCGCUAUAUCAUCAAGGCUGUCAACUUAGUUGACAGCACGAUAAUCAUCAAGGCUGUCAACUUAGUUACAGCGCUAUAUCAUCAGGCUGUCAACUUAGCUACAGCGCUAUAUCAUCAAGCUGUCAACUUAGUUACAGCACUAUAUCACCAAGCUGUCAACUAUCUACAUUGCUUAUAUCAUCAGGCUGUCAACUUAGUUACAGCGCUUUAUCAUCAGGCUGUCAACUUAGCUACAGCGCUUUAUCAUCAGGCUGUCAACUUAGCUACAGCGCUUUAUCAUCAGGCUGUCAACUUAGUUACAGCGCUUUAUCAUCAGGCUGUCAACUUAGUUACAGCGCUUUAUCAUCAGGCUGUCAACUUAGUUACAGGCCUUUAUCAUCAGGCUGUCAACUUAGUUACAGCGCUAUAUCAUCAAGGCUGUCAACUUAGCUACAAGCGCUUUAUCAUCAAGCUGUCAACUUAGUUACAGCGCUUAUCAUCAAGCUGUCAACUUAGCUACAGCGCUUUAUCAUCAAGGCUGUCAACUUAGUUACAGUGCUUUAUCAUCAGCUGUCAACUUAGUUACAGCGCUUAUCAUCAGCUGUCAACUUAGUUACAGCGCUUUAUCAUCAGGCUGUCAACUUAGUACAGCGCUUACCAUCAAGCUGUCAACUUAGUUACAGCGACUUUAUCACAGCUGUCAACUUAGCUACAGCGCUUUAUCAACAGGCUGUCAACUUAGCUUACAGCGCUUUAUCAUCAGGCUGUCAACUUAGCUACAGCGCUUUAUCAUCAGGCUGUCAACUUAGUUACAGUGCUUUAUCAUCAGGCUGUCAACUUAGCUACAGCGCUUUACCAUCAGGCUGUCAACUUAGUUACAGCGCUUUACAUCAGGCUGUCAACUUAGUUACAGCGCUUUAUCAUCAGGCUGUCAACUUAGUUACAGCGCUUAUCAUCAAGCUGUCAACUUAGCUACAGCGCUUUAUCAUCAGGCUGUCAACUUAGUACAGCGCUUUAUCAUCAGGCUGUCAACUUAGUACAGCGCUUUAUCAACAGGCUGUCAACUUAGUUACAGCGCUUUAUCAUCAGGCUGUCAACUUAGUACAGCGUUUAUCAACAGGCUGUCAACUUAGUUACAGCGCUUUAUCAUCAGGCUGUCAACUUAGCUACAGCGCUUUAUCACAGGCUGUCAACUUAGUUACAGCGCUUUAUCACAGGCUGUCAACUUAGCUACAGCGCUUUAUCAUCAGGCUGUCAACUUAGUUACAGCGUUUAUCACAGGCUGUCAACUUAGUUACAGCGCUUUAUCAUCAGGCUGUCAAUUUAGCUACACAGCUAUAUCAUCAGGCUGUCAACUGUAGCUUUAAGUUCAACUUAUAAUUUUCAGCUUCAACUCAGUAUCGUAUCAAGGCUGACUCAGACAUAAUCAGGGCAAUAGACAGCGUAUAGACAGGCUGAAUUAGACAGCGUAUAUCGAAGGUAACGAGUAAAAGGUAAUUCAGGUCUUUUAACUACUUCAAUCAGCGCUUUAUAGGGAAUAUGUACAGCCUGUUUCAGCGCAAAUGAAUUCAGCGCUUUAAGGAUAGUUCGCUACACUGACUGUCAACUUGUGCCUUUCAUGUUCACUACUCCGUAUCAUCAGGUGUAACUUCUACACCUUUACUGAAAGCGUGCAGUUGGUACAGCGCUUAUAUCAGCCCACGUCUGAUUACAGGCAUUGAUCUGAGCGAGCGACAGCGGUUUAAUCAGGCUCUCUGUGCAGGUGACACAGCUGUACCCUGCGCUUCAUGAAGCUCUGUACUGAGACAGCGCUAUCCCCUCGGCUUCAACAGUACAGCGUUUAUUCAGACUGGCUGCCAAUUAGCUUACGCCUACAUCCUGUCAACAGUACAGCGUUGUUAGUAGGCUGGCCUUAGUUAAGGUUAUAUCCCUUCAUGAGCACCAUUUAUUUCAUAGGGCAACUUUAAAGCGCUUUCCUCCUGUACAGCUCAGCGCUGAUAUCAGCUUGUCUCGGUACGUUGCAUAUGUCAUAGUUACGGGUAUUCUCAAUUAACAGUAGGUUCAAUAGUGUAAUGAUCAUGCUUAUUUCAAGCUGUCACUACUUACGGUUAUAUCAGGGUCAUAUACACCAUUAAGUGGUUCCUAUACAGACAUACAUAGCUGUCCUAGUUACACGCUAAAUCUCAGUGUCAUUAGGGACGCGCUAUAUCUCAGGCUGUCACUUGUUCGCGCUACAUCAGCUGUAAACUUGCUACGCGCAUAUUCAGGCUGUCAAUACUACGCUCUAUAUAUCAGCUGUCAACUUAGUUACAGCGCUAUCAUCAGGCUGUCUACUUAGCUACAGGCUAUAUCAUCAGGCUGUCAACUUAGCUACAGCGCUAUAUCAUCAGGCUGUCAACUUAGUUACAGCGCUAUAUCAUCAAGCUGUCAACUUAGCUACAGCGCUUUAUCAUCAGGCUGUCAACUUAGCUACAACGCUUUAUCAUCAGGCUGUCAACUUAGUUACAGUGCUUUAUCAUCAGGCUGUCAACUUAGUUACAGUGCUUUAUCAUCAAGCUGUCAACUUAGCUACAGCGCUUUAUCAUCAGGCUGUCAACUUAGCUACAGCGCUUUAUCAUCAGGCUGUCAACUUAGUUACAGCACUAUAUCAUCAGGCUGUCAACUUAGUUGACAGCGCUAUAUCAUCAGGCUGUCUACUUAGCUACAGCGCUAUAUCAUCAGGCUGUCAACUUAGCUACAGCGCUAUAUCAUCAGGCUGUCAACUUAGUUGACAGCGCUAUAUCAUCAGGCUGUCUACUUAGCUACAGCGCUAUAUCAUCAGGCUGUCAACUUAGCUACAGCGCUAUAUCAUCAGGCUGUCAACUUAGUUACAGCGCUAUAUCAUCAAGCUGUCAACUUAGCUACAGCGCUUUAUCAUCAGGCUGUCAACUUAGCUACAGCGCUUUAUCAUCAGGCUGUCAACUUAGUUACAGCGCUUUAUCAUCAGGCUGUCAACUUAGCUACAGCGCUUUAUCAUCAGGCUGUCAACUUAGCUACAGCGCUUUAUCAUCAGGCUGUCAACUUAGCUACAGCGCUUUAUCAUCAGGCUGUCAACUUAGUUACAGUGCUUUAUCAUCAGGCUGUCAACUUAGUUACAGCGCUAUAUCAUCAGGCUGUCAACUUAGCUACAGCGCUUUAUCAUCAAGCUGUCAACUUAGUUACAAUGCUAUAUCAUCAAGCUGUCAACGUAGUUACAGCACUAUAUCAUCAAGCUGUCAACUUAGUUACAGCGCUUUAUCAUCAGGCUGUCAACUUAGUUACAGCGCUAUAUCAUCAAGCUGUCAACUUAGUUACAGCACUAUAUCACCAAGCUGUCAACUUAGCUACAGUGCUUUAUCAUCAGGCUGUCAACUUAGUUACAGCGCUUUAUCAUCAGGCUGUCAACUUAGCUACAGCGCUUUAUCAUCAGGCUGUCAACUUAGCUACAGCGCUUUAUCAUCAGGCUGUCAACUUAGUUACAGCGCUUUAUCAUCAGGCUGUCAACUUAGCUACAGCGCUUUACCAUCAGGCUGUCAACUUAGUUACAGCGCUUUAUCAUCAGGCUGUCAACUUAGCUACAGCGCUUUAUCAACAGGCUGUCAACUUAGCUACAGCGCUUUAUCAUCAGGCUGUCAACUUAGCUACAGCGCUUUAUCAUCAGGCUGUCAACUUAGUUACAGUGCUUUAUCAUCAGGCUGUCAACUUAGCUACAGCGCUUUACCAUCAGGCUGUCAACUUAGUUACAGCGCUUUAUCAUCAGGCUGUCAACUUAGCUACAGCGCUUUAUCAACAGGCUGUCAACUUAGCUGCAGCGCUUUAUCAUCAGGCUGUCAACUUAGUUACAGCGCUAUAUCAUCAGGCUGUCAACUUAGCUACAGCGCUUUAUCAUCAGGCUGUCAACUUAGCUACAGCGCUUUAUCAUCAGGCUGUCAACUUAGUUACAGCGCUUUAUCAACAGGCUGUCAACUUAGUUACAGCGCUUUAUCAUCAGGCUGUCAACUUAGUUACAGCGGUUUAUCAACAGGCUGUCAACUUAGUUACAGCGCUUUAUCAACAGGCUGUCAACUUAGUUACAGCGCUUUAUCAUCAGGCUGUCAACUUAGUUACAGCGCUUUAUCAACAGGCUGUCAACUUAGUUACAGCGCUUUAUCAUCAGGCUGUCAACUUAGUUACAGCGGUUUAUCAACAGGCUGUCAACUUAGUUACAGCGCUUUAUCAUCAGGCUGUCAAUUUAGCUACAACGCUAUAUCAUCAGGCUGUCAACUUAGCUUUGAAAAUAAACUUAUAA